AGGGAGGGAGAUGGAGAGAGAGAUUUCUCAAAUAAUGGCAAUUUUGGGGUCAGAGUCACAUACUCUAACUUCUACUGUCAAAAUUGUUAAUCAGGUAGAAGUUGAGUGUGUGAAAUGCUACUCAUGUGGUUUCACAGAGGAAUGCACACCUGCAUACAUAUCAAAAGUAUGUCAAAGAUACCAAGGCAAAUGGCUUUGCGGAUUGUGUGCUGAAGCAGUGAAAGAUGAGGUUGUUAGAUCAAAGAGACGUAUCACCAUUGAAGAAGCUUUGAAUCGACACAUCAAUUUCUAUAAAGAGUUUAGAUCAUCAUCUGCUCGUUUGAAUAAAACAGAGCCCCCUAUUGUUGCUAUGAGCAAAAUUCUUCGUCGGAGUUUGGAUUCUCCAAGACCACAUCUCUGAUCAGAGUAAAUCAAAGUUCUUUCAAAGGUUGAUGAUGUUCGUUCUUCAACAUUAGUUCAAUAAGAUAGUUUCUUUUCGUCAGUAUUUGGUUAAUCUGUUUAAUGUAGAAUAUGUUUGUGGUUGAAGUAACAUGUGAAAUGAAAACUAAAAUAUGUGCGCGCGCACAUGCUUUUUCAUUCCAACUCUGACCACUUUUAAAAUUGAGAAAUGAUAU